UCCAGUCGAGCAUGAUCGGCACGUAGCUCUCUGUCAAAAGCUUUUUCUCCUUCUCUUUCUCUUCUUUUUUCUCCUUUGGUGUGUGCAUAUUGUGAAAAUUUGUAAAUAGGUAAGUAGGAGAAGUGUGAAACAGUUUCAUAUGCAUUUACGCCGUGUAGGCUGUGAUUUUUGAUGCCGAUUUGUUCCGUACGGAUCCCGAACUACGAAACAAGGAUUCAGCGGACUCGGUGAAACGCUGCUGUCAAGAUAAAGGAUAAACGAUUACCUAGUCGCAAUGCCGUACUACAACAGUGGGCACAGUCCUUCCACCUAUAACAAAGAUGGAGGGUCCAGUGGUCCAUCGAGUACAUCAGGCGGCCGUGUGAGCAGUUCUGAGCCGACGUACAUGAUGGAGCAUUUGGCCACGUUCACGGUCACGAAGGAAACCGGUAUUGUUUAUCCAGCAGACGGUAUGCGGCGACUUUUGCAGUUGGAGAAGAGUAACGGCAUCUGGAGUCAAAAGAUGCAGCUCCGUCUGGAACGGAACUGGGUGCUGAUCAUGGACAACGAGACGGGGGCCGUCAUGGAGCGAUUCCCAGCCUCGUUGAUACAGGAACCGACCGCGUUCACGUCGAGGGACCCUAUGGAGAUGUAUAACAACAUUCUCGUCUUCACAGUGGCGGAUGACAGUGGUUCCGGUCAACGGGCAGAAAUGCAUAUAUUCCAGUGUCAAAGUGUCUCGGCCCAGGAUCUUGUCGAAGAUCUGAAGAUGCUACAAAUGGGUAAACUAGUCCCCGGUGGUUCGCCGAGAGGUCCAAGAGGUCGUAUUCCACCGCCUCCCACUUUACCACCGCCAGAACCACCCUUGAAUGGGGUUAACGUCCGGGAACAAGUGUCUGCCUUUAAUGCUAACAAUGCUGACGGUCAAAACGAUAUAUCUCGAGAAGAGAACAACGACGAGGUGUCCUCGACGUCCUCUGAGAAAUACGAACGCGAUGUGACUAUCUUGAACCAUUGUUUCGACGACAUCGAGAAAUUUAUCGCACGUUUGCAAUAUGCAGCGGCCGCCUCUAAAGAGCUGGAACGUCGAAGACGUAAUCGGAAGUCGAAGAAGAGGAAUCUGGGUGACGGCAUGCUGACAAUGAGGGCGAAACCUCCUCCAGAGAUGGAAUUCAUCGACAUCUUUCAAAAGUUCAAGCUGUCGUUCAACUUGCUGGCUAAGCUGAAGGCCCACAUUCAUGACCCUAACGCUCCUGAACUGGUACACUUUCUCUUCACUCCGUUGGCUUUGAUCGUGGACGCGUCCCACGACACUAAUUACGAUCCAAAUUUGCCCAGCAAAGUGGUAUCACCGUUAUUGACUAGAGAAGCGGUCAACUUAUUGAUUAACUGUGUCACCAGUAAAGAGACAGAACUUUGGCAUUCUCUGGGCGAUACGUGGUUAAUACCACGCGAUCAAUGGAAAGGUCACGUUCCCCCGUAUCACCCUAUCUUUAUGGAUGGUUGGUCCCCAGAAUACCCAAUACCAGAGGACAGAGAUCACGAUCAUCUAGCUUCGUUGUUGAACGCUGAUAAACAGAAGAGGGACGAACUUCCUGAACAACAGAACGAUCCGUACUACAACCACAGAGAAGUCGACGAGUCUCAUUAUAGCAGCGAUUACUUGGAGUACGAGAGCAGAGAAGAACGUGCCGGUAACGAAUAUUUCGAUAGGAAUUACGGGACUGGCUCAGAAUUAUACGCUAGAGAAGAGAGAGUGGUUGAUCAAACGAGAGCGCACAGCGAUAUAUCCGUGGACUCGAUCGAAAGAACACCAAGAGCCGCCGGUAUGGAACGGGCUCAGGAAGCUUGGUUAGACGACUUGGUAGCCAGACACGCAAAGAUCGUGCAGGUUACAUAUCCAAGGACGGCCAACAACGACAAGGAACUGACGGUUGUCAGAGGCGAAUACCUGGAGAUUCUUGACGAUAGUAGGAAGUGGUGGAAGGCGAGGAAUUCCAGAGGGCAGGUCGCGCACGUGCCACACACCAUCGUCACGCCUCAUAACCCUUCUUAUUCUACCGACAACGACGUUUUUAACAAUCCUUUGUAUACGAGUCGAUAUCCGCGACAGGGGCACGGCUAUAAUUACGAGGAUUCGGAAAUCGAAAGGACCAGCACUAGUCCAGGACCUGAAGCCACUCAUCGAACGCACGCAAUUCCACCGCCUGCUCCUGCAGAUUGGGUGAGAAAAGAGAGACUUGGGAAAAAAGACGAGUGUACGGAAGAAACGACGUCAAUCGGUAGCAACAAAGUAACAUUUACUGUUGAAACUGAUGUCAACGAAAAGGAAUCGUCUAUUAACGAAGAUCAAAAAGCAAUGCCCAACGAAACGACGGAGGUGGUUGAAAUACAUGCACCACCUCCAAACAUGCGUGAAGAAAUCCUUCCGAAAUCGCUAUCAUUAUCAACACCUUCGACACAAUCAACAGAGUCAACACCAUCAGAAUCAUCAACCCCAGUAACAUCAACUGCGCCACCACCACCUCCACCGCCACCUCUCCAGAAUCAGACAUCUAUUUCUUCAAGCACAUCAAGCCAAUCGGCUACAUUGAAGAGUAAUCAAUCUAUUAGCGAGCUGAAGAAUGAGAAACAGAUGCAAGAAGAGUUGAAACAGGUACUGAUGAUAUUCCGUGAGAAGAAAGACCAUUACAGUAACAGCAUUAAUCGCGAUCCUGUGUUGGACCAAUAUUCCACGCCUAGAGAAGUGCAGAACUGGCUGACGGCGAAAAAAUUUUCAGAAAAAACUUGUAAACAGUUAAGAGACAUGGCUGGCUCUCAGGUAUUCGACUUAACUAAACGACAAUUGGAACAAUAUUGCGGUAUAGUGGAGGGUAAUAAACUCUAUAGUCAAAUUUCACUCGCGCGAGCUGAAAAUGAGAAAAAGAGCUCUCGGACGUCAGAAUUGAAACAAAUAUUGGAAAAAGCUCGGCACAGGAUUGAGGAACAAUAA